AGGCUGGACUCGGAAUGCCAGGGGGGAUUAUCAUUAAUCUGAGGGAGGAAAACUUUGGUCACUGUGGAGUUUCCUGAGGUGGGUACAGUAGGAGCGGAUGCUCCAGCAGCAGUGAUGAAGAGGCAGAGAUCCUGGGGGGACACGGAGCUGCUGGGAAGCAAUACUGACAACAGUGAGCAGGACGAGUCGUCCUCUCAGAGGUUGUCGUGGUCUCUGGCGGACACCAUGAACUACGUGGGCCAGCUGGCCGGUCAGGUGCUGGUAACCGUCAAGGAGCUGUAUAAAGGCAUCAACCAGGCCACGUUGUCUGGCUGCAUCGACGUGGUGGUCGUCCGCCAGCGCGAUGGCACGUACCAGUGUUCGCCUUUUCACGUGCGUUUUGGCAAGCUGGGCGUCCUCCGCUCCAAGGAGAAAGUGAUUGACAUCGAAGUGGAUGGAGAACCUGUUGACCUGCACAUGAAGCUAGGGGACAAUGGAGAAGCCUUUUUUGUCCAGGAAUCUGAACAACAGAAUCAGAUUGUUCCUGCCCACCUAGCCACCUCUCCAAUCCCCACCGACAGUCACCUAUUCUGGAUCUCAGAGGUGGAGCACAGGACUCCUAAAGAUCUGGAGGACGACCCUGCUGACCCAGAGGACCCACCUGAGCCUCCUGCCCCCAGCACCAUGGCCACAAAAAAGAAGAAGAGACGGAGGAAGAAGCACAAAGGAGAUCCUAGAAGAGAAGAGCUGACCCCACCCAUGUCACUCACUACUGCUGCUAACACACCCGCUGCUACAACUGCUGCUAUGUCCAGCCCUGUGCAAAGUGAGGAGGUCUUUGAGAUGGAACUAAGCUCUGACGAAGAGGCUGCAGCACAUGUGUCAAGGUCCCCUUCAGUGACCACGAUGCGUGACAUUGACCCUAAAUUACCUGCAGCCAGAGCAAACCUUGAAGGUUAUCCACUAUCUGAUGGGGACUGGCCAGCAGAUGACAGUCACAGUUUGUCUCAAGGAUUUUCCCCAAAGAGCGACUCUGAACUGGUAGUUACACCCUCAGAGAGUUUGCUCAGGGCUGAGUCCCACAUGCAGUGGACCUGGGGAGAGUUUCCAGAAACAACCAGGGUCACUAAAAAGGAGAAACCGGAACCUCUGAAAACGGUGACCAUAACUCCGUCAGAGAGCACCCACUUCCGUGUUAUCCUUAGUUCAGAAGCUAUGCAGAGUGAGGCACAGGUUGCAAAGGCCAGUGGAGCCUCCUCCACAGUGUGUACCAUCGUUAAGCCUGAACCCCGCACCCCAGUCGCCACUGUAACGUCUGAAAGCCCUCAAGGAUCUGUCAGCACUGUAACCUCUGUAAGCCCUUCCACCACCACAGAGCCCCUGGAUAUCCUGCCAUCCAAUGUGGCAACCUCCACCCCUUCACAGAGCGACUCACCCUCGAAGAAGAAAGGUGUCCCAAAGAGGAGUCAACAUCAGGGCCCUGAAGACAUCUACCUAGAUGACCUGAGUGUUCUUGAACCUGAUGUUGCUGCACGAUAUUUUCCUAAGAGUGAGGCUGAGGUGGCCACCAAGCACUGGAUGGACUCAGAGAUCCGCUCCGGUUCACAGUCUCCACAGUCGGUGGGUAGUGCUGCAGCUGACAGCGGGACAGAGUGUCUUUCAGACUCAGCCAGUGACCUCCCUGAUGUCACCCUUUCCUUGUGCGGAGGCCUCACAGAAAAUGCUGAAAUAUCCAAAGAAAAGUUCAUGGAGCAUAUCAUCACCUAUCAUGAAUUUGCUGAAAAUCCAGCAAUUAUAGAUAACCCCAACCUUGUAGUAAAGAUAGGAAAUAGAUAUUAUAACUGGACACUGGCUGCACCCUUAAUUCUGAGUCUCCAAGCAUUUCAGAAGAACUUACCCAAGGCUACAGAAGAGGCCUGGGUGAAGGAGAAAAUGCCAAAGAAGUCAGGGCGUUGGUGGUUCUGGCGAAAGAGGGCGGAUAGUACAAUCAAGCAGUCCGAAGCUAAGCUUGAAACCAAGGAGGAGUCCCAUUUGGAAGAGGAAGGGCCCUCCAUAUCUCAGGAGAAUCUGCCCAUACCGCCUAAAGCAGGGGACUCCUCCAGUGAUGAAGAGUCCAAGGAAGUGAGCGCUGCAUCUUGUCAGGAGAGGCUGCAGUCAGUUGAUGGUCAGCACCACCCGAGCCCUCACACCUAUAGGAAGUCCCUACGACUCACAUCUGAUCAGAUAGCCAAACUAAAACUAAAAGAAGGGCCGAAUGAUGUGACGUUUAGCAUCACCACCCAAUACCAGGGCACGUGUCGCUGCGAAGGCACCAUUUACCUGUGGAACUACGAUGACCGAGUCAUCAUUUCAGACAUCGAUGGCACCAUCACAAAGUCAGAUGUGUUUGGACAGAUCCUGCCACAGUUGGGGAAGGACUGGACCCACCAGGGCAUUGCCAAGCUCUAUCACUCAGUAGCUGAGAACGGGUAUAAAUUCUUAUACUGCUCAGCUCGGGCCAUCGGCAUGGCGGACAUGACAAGAGGUUACCUGCAGUGGGUCAACGAUGGAGGCACCAUCCUGCCCCGGGGACCGCUCAUGCUGUCUCCCAGCAGCCUCUUCUCGGCCUUCCACAGGGAGGUCAUUGAGAAGAAACCAGAGAUCUUCAAGAUUGAAUGCCUUACAGACAUCAAGAACCUGUUUCAGCAUAACAAGCAGCCAUUUUAUGCAGCCUUUGGGAAUAGAACUAAUGAUGUGUUUGCCUACAAGGAGGUAGGAGUUCCAGUUUGUAGGAUCUUCACAGUAAAUCCCAAAGGAGAGUUGAUCCAGGAACAAACCAAGGGAAACAAGUCCUCUUAUGGCAGACUGAGUGAGCUUGUGGAGCAUGUGUUUCCUCUGCUGAGUAAAGAGCAGAACGAGGCCUUUGUCAUGCCAGAGUACAGCUCUUUCUGUUACUGGAGGCAGCCCAUUCCAGACAUCAACCCCGACGAGCUGCUCUGACCCAGCACUGGUGGAUCUCCAGGACUGGGCGGAGGCAGAGCAGCGAGAACGUCCUCUGGCAUUCUUGGAAGGGCAAAUUGGAAGAAAAUAAAAUGGCCAGAAGGAGGGAGCGGCGAGGGAGUUAAGAGAGAGCAAUUGAGAGAUGAGAGAGAGAAGGAAGCGACAGGGAAGCGAUUUGAGUUGGACUGGGACCACCUCCAAAAACAGCUUGAGAAUCCAACCAGAAGAGAAGGUUGAUUAGUCACCGUCUGAAAAAGGAAGGACCUGCUCCAGCUCUGACGAGAGAAGUGCUUCCCGUGUUUCGACAUGUCUGAAUCACCGCUUUCACUCCUGGAGACAUUAGAAAGCGGUUCUCAGCCGUGAGAGGCUCCGUGGUCUGGAGCUGGUCAGGACGACGCAGCGCCAGCGUUUUGAGCAAAGGCAGAGCCGCUCUAGAUAAUGUGCUGCGUUAUUACAACACCUCUUGUGUUCGCAGCCUGGGACCUUCAUGUGACUGUGUGGAGAAUAUGACAGCGAACGCAUCACCACCACCACCACACCCACAGAACUGGGACCAGUGACGCCACACAGCUCCACUCUCGUCUCAAAAUGUCUUGAAAGUUGACAUUUUGGUACUGAACGUCACUAAAUCAGGCUGAUAGCAGAGACCGCUGGCCCAUCUGGGGUUUGUUCCCCAGGUACGAGCAGACUUUAAGUCUGCUCGUCAAACUUUCAGAGUAAAGGUAUUAUAUAACCAAUACUCACACACGUCAUCACAAACAUUUUUCACAAUCCUUCUACCUGAUUCAACGCUGGGCAGACUCAGUAUAAUGUUCCAUGUACGGUAAUGAAAUCAAAUAUCGCAGUUUGGAAACAGCAGGACAUAUCUGGCAAAGAGUGAGAGGGACGACGAAAUGGUGCCGUCCACGCCACAGCCAUUAAUCCAUCAACAGCCCCUUCCUCGCAGGUCUCUCUCUCACCAUUGUUUAAGAAAGGGAGGCACCGGGGAUGGGGCCCCAGUCAUGACAUCACAGCUGAGGGUAGUGGAGGCAUCUGGUCCAGGGUGUGGAGUUCUGCUGCUCCCCUCUCGGCUCCAGCACUGAGUCGAGGCCCUUAAUGAGGACCAGACUCCACACAUGUGGCUGAGGUCGCCCUAGGGGACUCUGGGGGUUGGUGUGUAUACAUGUGUAAGGAGACCGGGAGGAGGGCUGGAGGCGUAGCGUGUGUGAGGCUGUUUGUGUGUCUGUGAGCAAACCGAGGUCAAUAUCUGCAGUUUUGUGGUAGGAGUAAAAAAAAAGUUAUGUCAUGGUGCAAGAAAGAAGAUUUCACAACUCGAGUUCAUAAAGGGAGUGGGAAAGAUUGAACAGUCUGCAAGGGUGUUUUGACAUUUACAUAAGGGAGCAAUGAGGCACCAACCGGUGAGUAAAUCACUGGAGCCGUUCGGAAUGAAAACCCAGCCUGGCAUAUAAAACCCAGACAUUCAGUUUACCUGCUGGUAAAAUCUUACGACAACAUCAAUCUGGGUCACAGGAAGUGUCGGGAGCCAGGACGUAUUAAAUGGCCAACUUAAAGCGAGACAUGAGCCCUGUGAACCCGCGUCCUCCCACUCCGGGAAAAACCCUGUGGCCGUUUGUGGGACGUGAUCCGUCCUCCCAAACCUCCGUGUAAACCAGGGAGCAGGAGGCCGAGCGCGGAGGAUUGUCUCCAGGAAAAGUUUGUGUUUACACAGAUGCUGAUCGCACUCGAUUAGCUGAAAUACGGAGCGCAGUGAAACCCGACGCGCUCCAUCAGUAUCUGUCUCAUUUCACUACUGGUGUGGAUCCAUCUGAGACUGUUCACUGUCUUUUAAGCAAUACAUCCAGUUAGUGAAGCUAAGUGCUAGCAGCAUACUUUACAUCCAAGCUCUAUUUUCCACUGAAAGCGAGGCUGUCACCUGCUGCCGCUGUUGUUUACUGUGAAGCGUUUCAUAAACCACGGUUCCACAUCAGCAUUCGCUCGAGGCCCUAAAGACGCCGAGCGCUCUGUCAGAUGAUCAGACACCAUGUGAAACUGCCUCCCGCCACACGAUCUCUAAGCUCUUCACGCGUACAGGUAACGCAGACGUGUGAAUCCAGACUCACCUGCCG